UCUCCUAGCGAAGUGAAACUUUCUAUCUGCGCUAAAGAAGAAAGUUUGGUUCAGUUUUUUCAUUUCUGCAAAUGUCAUAAUGUUCGCUCUCCGUUACCAUGGCCUGUGUCUGCUGCUGUUGCUGCCUCUGGUAUGUUCUGAGCUGAUGGGCUGGGUACACUCCCCUGAUUAUCCCCUAGCAUACCCAAACCACCAUAGCAUGAACUGGUCAGAGUGUGCUCCAGCGGGGCUCUCGGUGUCUCUGACCUUCAUUCAUCUGGACCUGGAGAACAGCACACUCUGUGAACAUGACGUUCUCAUGAUCUUCAUUGACCAGCAUCUAAACAUGUCUCUUUGUGGCAGUAUGUCAUUUGAGGAGCUGCAAUCUUCUGUCAAUCCCCAUUUACACUCCACAUCUGGAGGCUGUUUGUCCAUUCAUUUCCGUUCAGAUGGUUCUCUCUCACUGGUCCACACUGGCUUCAAUGCCCUCUACCAAAAACGAGAUGUUGAUGAAUGUGCAAGUCUGAAUCAUCCAUGCAGUCAUUUCUGCUAUAACUUUAUUGGAGGGUUCCGCUGCAGCUGUCCGCAUGGAUAUCUCCUUAACCCCAACAACCACACUUGUGAUGCUAUUGUCUGUGAGGAACCUAAGCCUUUGCGGAAUGGACAUGUGCAAUUUAUUAAGGGCUCUAAUAAUGAAUACUUAUCAGUUUUUAAGUACCGCUGCAAUGAACCGUUCUACACUUCCAGUGAAAUUCAGAAAGUCAUCCCAGUUUUAGGCAGUUACACAUGUGGCGCUGACCAACAAUGGAGGGAAAAUGACACCAGCCUCAUUCCGUCAUGCCUUCCUGUGUGUGGUCACCACAGACUACCUUUUGGUAGAAUAUAUGGAGGGAAGAUUGCACGUCUUGGUUCUUUCCCCUGGCAGGUCCUUCUCCUUCCCUCAGGACAUAAAGCAGGAGCGUUCAUCAUUGGGGAAAAAUGGAUAAUGACUGCAGCUCACAAUCUGAUAUUUGACUCCCCUCUUUCUCCAGAAAAUGUUAAGGCAUAUGUCGGACAUAAUAAAGUAAAAGAAAAGGAAAAGUUUGUUGCCCUCAACUUAUCAUCAAUUCAUAUUCAUCCACAUUACAAGAACAUUGAUGGUUCAAAUUUUGACAAUGACAUUGCUCUGAUAAAGCUCAGCACACCAAUAACAUUCCAUGCCAAUGUGAGUCCAGUCUGUCUGCCUCCAGAAGGAGUUGAAAUGGAGGUCAGGUCUGGGUGGGUGUCUGGUUUUGGUCUGACAGAAUUUCACGUGGAAUCAGAUGUGCUACUCUACGUUCAGCUUCCCAUUGUGGCUGAUGGGACAUGUAGAAAUUCCUUUGCAAAGAAGAGGGAAAAAGAGAGCUGGAUUCCCCAUCUUACAGACAACAUGUUCUGUGCUGGUUUUAAGGAGGGUGGUAAUGACUCCUGCAAAGGAGAUAGUGGAUCUGCCUUUGUUGUAAAAAAGGGUGAUGUACACUGGGCAAUGGGUAUCGUUAGUUGGGGUCUAGAUUGUGGCAGGGCAGGUGUAUAUGGAGUGUACACUCGGGUAUCAAGAUAUCUUGACUGGAUAAACAAGGUCAUGAGUGAAAAUGAGUGAAUUAAGCACCUUUAAUGUUAUGCUUAUUUAAUCUAGUUUUAGGCUCGAAAUGUAUCAAAACAUAUUAUCAUUGUUUGUAGGAGAUGAGGUAUAAUAUUUUUUGCAACAUAUAAUACAUAAUAUUUAGAUAUUAUCCAUCCAUCCAUCCAUUUUCUAAGCCGCUUCUCCAUCAGGGUC